AUGCACGAAAUUUUAAAACCUCUCAAGUGGUUGAUUGGAACGUGGAGGCCCAUCAUGGCCAGAGUCGUUUACCCCACAAUGAAAUGUCCCGUUGAUUUCGACGAAAAAUUAUGCUUCUUAUCAGCGGGUCAACCUGUAUUGAAUUAUACUUCGACUUGUUGGCACCCCAAAGUCAAGCAUCUGAUGCAUUUGGAAGGUGGUUAUGUCCGUAUCGAUGAACACGGAUGUUUGGUAACGUUUCUAACGGCUCAGAACUUGGGAAUAUCCACUGUAGAGCAAGGCGUUCUCAAAGAUAAAUCGUUGGAAACUGUGAACAAAACGAUCUCAACGACGACGUUGUCGAAUAUGCAAAUAUUGGCUAUUGAAAGGGUCUACAUUUUGAAUGACAAAGGCCAGCUGAGUUACACUCUCAGAAUCCAGACUGCACAUACACCUCUAGCCACGCAUGUAGAUUGUCUUUAUGAGAAGGAAAAAGAAGAAAAUGAAAAAAAAGAGAAGGUAGAAGAUGAAGGACAAAAUUCGUGA